CAGCCACUGUCUUUCCGUUCAGCGGCUUUUAUCCAAAAUAAAAGAUGGCGGACGAAAUGACAACUUCACCCGAGAAUACCAUCGGAACACCAAGAAACCCUCCGGUUAGCUUCGGAAAUGCUGCGUACAUAAGCUGUGUAACUUUCGCCUCGAUGAUCGGCGGAUUCGGCCUUUCUCUAGGGAUGGCUAGGCGGCGAAACCCGGACGCAUUUGUUGGGGGACAAAACGAAGGUGUCAAGCUUGCGUCACGUGCUUUGGCGUGGGGUACAGUGUACGCGUUCACAGGUGUAGGAGCCGUGGUGUUAGGAGUGAAGACUGCACUCGGAGUGAAGGAUGCAAAAGAAUUUGGAGAUAAAAUGAAAUCGUCUACGUUCUUUGAGAAAUGGAGACUACCAAGAGAUAAUGGCAUCAAUGCAGGCACUUCUUCAGACACUUCAAUAUUUGAUUCAAGUCAAGAAAAGAGUUGAAUGAGGAAAAACUAUAAAUUACUAUCUGUAAAUAAUGAAUUAUUUUUUUUGUACAUUUAGUAUGUUGCAAAGUAAAUUGAAUAAACAGU